CAGAAUGGCCUGUGAUCUGGUCGCAAAGAUGGCAUCCUCCGCCUCUGCUCGGACUCCGGCAGGGAAGCGAGUGGUGAAUCAGGACGAACUGCGACGGUUGAUGAAGGAGAAGCAGCGUCAGAGCACUAACCGGAAACGGAUAGAAUCUCCAUUCGCGAAGUACAACCGUUUGGGGCAGCUGAGUUGUGCCUUGUGUAACUUGCCGGUUAAGAGCGAGCUCCUGUGGCAGACUCAUGUCCUGGGAAAGCAGCACCGAGAGAAAGUGGCCAGGCUGAAAGGCGCGAAGGAAGGCAUCCAGGGUCCGUCGGUCAGUGUGGCGCCUCAGUCCGCCAAGCGGAAGGCACCGGAUGCAGAUGGCCGAGAUGCGAAGAGAGCGAGGGCCCCCUCGGUGCCUCAGGUACUGCCUUCCACAUCCGCUUUGUCCACCAACUGUGACAAAACAGGAAAGGAGUCCACUAGAGCGACUGCCAGUAAGCCUUCGGGACUCGGUUUACUCCCUGAUUAUGAAGACGAAGAGGAGGAGGAGGAGGAGGAAGAGGAGGAGGCUGGAGGAGAAGGAAAAGCGAGGGACGCCAACGAGCCACGCGACGCAGAGAACAAGGACCACUCACUUUCCUCCUUGCGGGAGGCAACGAAUAGUGUGCUGCCACGCCAUUGCCUUAAUACAAAGCCUCCCAAGGCCCCCUUAAUUCCUCAUUCAGGGUCGAUUGAGAAAGCAGAAAUACAUGAAAAAGUGGUGGAAAGAAGAGAAAACACCGCGGAAGCAUUACCAGAAGGCUUUUUUGACGACCCUGAGGUAGAUGCAAGAGUUCGGAAGGUUGAUGCCCCAAAGGAUCAGAUGGACAAAGAGUGGGACGAAUUUCAAAAAGCCAUGAGGCAGGUCAACACUAUUUCUGAAGCCAUAGUUGCUGAAGAGGAUGAAGAGGGACGGCUGGACCGCCAGAUUGGGGAGAUUGAUGAACAGAUAGAAUGUUACCGUCGGGUAGAAAAGCUGUGGAAUCGCCAGGAUGAAAUAAAAAAUAAGCUUAAAAAGGUUCUGACCAUACAAGAACUACAGAGAAAGGAAGAGGAGAAUGCUGACAGCCAUGAUGAGGGAGAACUACAGGAUUUGUUGUCUCAGGAUUGGAGGGUGAAAGGGGCUUUGUUAUAAGGUUUUAAAGACCCAAGAUUUCUAACAGCCUCUGCUAUUGUUUUAAAAAUGUUGUCUCCUAACUGGAUUGUUGAGAUAAAA